AUGGGAAAAGACACUAAAAGCAAACGAUUGCAGUCCUUCACCUAUAAGCCAGAGUUCAAGCUCCUUAACACGACCGAAAAGGAUCUUUAUGAUCUGACCCCAGAGCCUCCUCCCAAGACGCAUCCAUCUCUGGUUCUGGGGAGACUUCUCACAGUCCGGGCUGCAGUCAUCUUCCUGACGCUGGUCCUGGCUGCUUCCGUCCUGCUGCAGGCCAUUCUCUAUCCCUGGUUUAUGGGCACAAUAUCAGAUGUCAAGACCAAUGCCCAGUUGCUGAAAGGUCGUGUGGACAACAUCAGCACCCUGAGUUCUGAAAUAAAGAGGAAUAGAGGUGGCGUGGCGGCAGUUGGCAUUCAGGUCCAGAUGGUGAAUGCCAGCCUGGAUCGUGUGCGUUCUCAGAUCCGGAGGUUGGAAACCAGCGUGAAGGAAGCCAAUGCACGGCUGCAGAUGCUAACAAGUAGUUGGGAAGAAGUCGAUAAGUUCAAUGCCCAAAUCCCAGAGCUAAAAAGAGAUUUGGAUAAAGCCAGUGCUUUAAACGCAAAGGUCCGGGGACUCCAGAGAGGUUUGGAGAAUAUCAGCCAGUUGUUCCAACAGCAAAAGUACAUAUUUCACUCUUGUUCUCCAAAUGACAUCCUACAGGUGGUUUCUCAAGGCUGGAAGUACUUCAGGGGGAACUUCUAUUACUUUUCUCAAAUCGCAAGGACCUGGUACAGUGCCCAGCAGGUCUGCUUGUCCAGGGAUUCACACCUGACCUCAGUGACCUCAGAGAGUGGACAGGAGUUUCUCUACAGGACUGCAGGCGGACUUCUCUACUGGAUCGGCCUGAGCGAAGCAGGGAGUGAGGUCUGGUACUGGGUGGGUGACUCACUGUUCAACAAGGUCCAGAGUGCGAAGUUCUGGAUUCCAGGUGAGCCCAACAACACUGGGAAAAAUGACUGUGCCGAUAUAAAGAUGUCCUCACUGCAGUCAUGGAAUGAUGCCUCCUGUGCCAAUGAAUUUCUUUUUAUCUGUAAACGACCCUACAUCCCAUCAGAACCAUGGCAGGACUGGCCCCCAAGCUCAAACUUUAAACUCCAAUGCUUGCUGAAUUCACGGAAAUGCGACUCUCUCCUUCAUACUCCAGGGUGA